CAGAUUUAUUUCUUUCAGUUCUUUUCCGGCAAAUUUCGUGCACGUUUUAAUAUUGCUUUGGUGGAUUCACGUUUCGUGUCGUAAGACUUAAAGAAUGCGUUACGUGGCCGCUUACAUGCUGGCAGUUUUGGGAGGCAAAGCCUCGCCAAGCCAGAAUGACAUUGAAAAAAUUCUGUCGUCAGUAGGAAUUGAAACCGAUGUUGAGAAAUUAAAGAAGGUCAUUAAUGAAUUAAAUGGCAAAUCGAUAGAUGACCUGAUUGCCAAGGGCAGAGAGAAACUAUCGUCCAUGCCAGUUGGUGGAGCAGUCCCUGCUGGUGCUCCUGCAGCCCCUGCUAGUGGCGCGGCAGCUCCAGCUGAAGAGAAGAAAGAGGAAAAGAAGCCGGCUAAAGAAGAAUCUGAAUCAGAGGACGACGAUAUGGGCUUUGGCUUGUUUGACUAAAGACUCUUUUUUUUUUUUAUUUUAUCACCGAAGAAUGAAAUACACUGCAUUCUGCAGUAGUGGUAUGAGCGAUUUCCAAUUUAACUUUCAUAGGCGUUAAGGAUCAUUAGCUGAUACUUCUGCUGGAGAAUAAAGCGUACUUUUAACUGAA